CCGUUAAAGUCAGCGAUUAUAGGUUAGAUAAUCGACAAAAUGCAGCGACAUGAGUACACCGUUAUGCGCAUGUUCUGUGAUUCACCUUUAACUACAUUACUGAAACGAUGAAUCAACGAUCACUUGGAUACAGGCAGUACUUGAAAAAUUCAAGAUUAAACAUUCCACAAACAACAAUAAAUUCUCGAAGAAAAAAGAAAAUGGAAAUAGAAGAAUUUAUGCAACUUAAUCAGGAAAUAAAUGAUGCAACAAUCAAUAUGAAUAUUGAUCAGGAAAGUGGUAAUGAAAAUGAUGCAAAUAAUGCUUACGAACAAGGCAACGAGGAUGGCAACAACGAAAAUGCUUAUUAUGAUCAACAAGAUGAUGAGAAUGACAAUGACGAAAAUGUUUAUUACGACCAACAAGAUGACGAGAAUGGUAUUGAUGAAAAUGCUUAUGACGAACGAUACGAUGAUGACAAUGAAGAAAACGAUGAACAACAAAAUGAUAUUAAUGAUGAAAUUAUUUUUGAGGAUAAACCCAUGAUUGACACAGCUGACGAACAAAUGAGACAACCGAUUUAUAAUGGCUGUCAAUUAACUCAAGAAGAGAGUGACACCCUUAUCAUGAGUUUUGUCAUUCGUCAUGGUCUAACAGAUGCUGCGUUAGAUGACUUAUUGAAAUUAAUUAAUUGCCAUCUUCCGAUUACAUUAAAUUCAUCAAAAUAUUGUUUUUUAAAAAAAAUGAAUUCCGUUAUAAACGUGAAAACAUUUUAUUACUGCCCUGAAUGUUAUAUAUUGAUAGAUUUUGAACAGAGGGCUUAUAAUAAUUGUACAUCUUGCUAUGUACGAUAUGCAAAAAUCAAUUUAAAACGUAAUGGACAUUAUUUCGUUCACAUGCCAUUGAAAGAUCAAUUACGAGAUUUAUUAUCAAGUCCACUUUUCCAUAAAUUACGAAGGGGUUGCGCUGAACCUGAUGUUCUUUCAGAUGUAAAUAGCGGACAAGCUUAUCGAAAGCUGUAUGGUAAUGUUAUUAAUAAUUAUGAUAUAACUCUUCAAUGGAACGCUGACGGAGUUAAUAUUUUUCAGUCGUCAAAAAUAUCGAUGUGUCCUAUUCAAGUGGCAAUCAAUGAAUUACCAUAUCGAUUACGUAAAGAGAAUAUCUUGCUUGCAAGUUUAUGGUGUUCGUCUAAAAGACCUGUAAUGGAUUUAUAUUUGAAACCAUUUGUAGAUGAUUUGAAAGAUUUACAUGAAAAUGGUUUCGAUUGUUUGCCACCUGAUUUUGAUGCACCUAUAACUGUGAGAGUACACACCUUCCUUGCAUCCGUAGAUUCUGUAGAACGGUGUGCAUUACAAAAUAUACAUCAAUAUAACGGUGAAUAUGGAUGUUCAUAUUGUUUAUGCCCAGGGGAAACAGUAAACGUAGGUAAUGGUAACGCCCGUAUAUAUGUUGAAGAAGGCCGUAAAAGAUCUAAGAAUCAACAUGAACGAGAUGCUAUAAAAGCAGUUACAGAGCAUACGAUUGUUCGGGGCGUUAAAGGUGUAUCAUUAUUAAUGCUUUUACCAAUUUUCAAUAUUAUUAAAUCUUUUCCUCCAGAGUACAUGCACUCAGUGCUACUUGGAGUUGCAAAAUUUUUUUUAAACGCUUGGUUUUAUAAUCCUGCUGGUCCUUGGUAUAUUGGUACAAAGAGAGAUGUUUUUAAUUCUAAAUUAACAUCAAUUCAGCCACCACGCGAAGUAACACGAACACCAAGAUCGAUCAAUGAUUUAAAAUUUUGGAAGGCAUCCGAGUUCAAAAAUUUUCUCCUUUAUUAUUCCAUGCCGUGUUUGAAGGCUUUGCUUCCAACUAGAUUUUAUAAUCAUUGGUCUCUGUUGGUUUUUGCAAUGCAUAUCUUUCUACGAGAUAGAAUAACUGAUGCAGAUUAUAUUCAAGCCGAAAAAGCCAUUAGACAAUUUGUCGAACAAAUUCCUGAUUUGUAUGGUUUAGAAUUUAUGAGAUAUAAUGUGCACUUGCUACUUCAUAUACCAAAAUCAGUUACAUACUUCGGUGCGGUAUGGGCUUGGACAGCGUUCCCAUUCGAGGGUUAUAACUAUGUAUUGAGAAAGAUGCUUUUCAGCUCCCAAUUUGUAUUACAACAAAUUUGUAAAACAUAUUGCAGAUUGCAAAAAUUAAAAUUUAACGAUACCUUUAAUACAAGGAAUUGUAAUCAGAAAGGAAAAAAGUUGUAUUAUGAUAUGUUAGGUAAUAAAUGUAAAUACAUGCAAACUUAUUGUUUUCGUAAUGAUAUUCGUUUACGAAUUUUUGGUGCUGGCAGUAAUAUUCUGUUAAACCUUACAGAAAAAUUGUCGAUACAAGCACUCAUCAAUACUAAUAUUGAAACUAAUGCUAAAUCGUAUUCGAGAUUUAUGUAUAAUGGAGUCUUCUAUCACAGUAAUUCUUAUGACAAAAUGUAUAAACGAAAUAAUAGUGUUAUACGUACGUAUUUAGGAGAAUUUAUGACAAUUACAAGAAUUAUUUUAGUUUUUUCAGAGACCGGUAAUAAUUCGUUCGUAAUUGUUGGUACAUCUUUUCAAAUAUUACCAGAUAAAGUACUGUGUUCGCAUUCUAAUUUUUCAUCGGCCAGUUAUUCUUACGCUGUAAGACAAACAAAUAACAUUGUAACAUUACUUCCCGAACAGAUUACUAACAAAUGUAUUCUUUUACCAGGUGAUGAUGACGAAAGAAAAUAUAUUAUUUUAUUGGUUAAUAAUGUAGAAACGGAUUAAAAUUAAAAUGAUUAA